AAUCUUUUCCCCCUGCCCCACCGCCUUCCCUAUCGCAAUGACUGCUGAGCGCGAGCUUCUGCCUGCGAAUGUGCGUCCGCGCCAUUACGAGCUGCGUCUGACCCCAGACCUCACUGCGUUCACCUUCGCAGGCGUCGUCACCGUCACGCUGGACGUCGUCGACGCGGCGGUCGAUACGAUCGUGCUCAACGCCAAGGAACUCGUGCUCGAGUCUGCCGUGCUCGCUGCCACCGGCGCCAAGGCCACCAGCAUUGCCUAUGCAGUCGAGUCCGACCAGGCAACGCUCACCUUCCCCGCCGGCGCAGUGGCCGCCGCCGCCGCUGCUGCUGCCUCGGGCGCCACCAAGCAGAUCAAGCUCACUACCGCCUUCACUGGCAUCCUCAACGACAAGCUCGCUGGGUUUUACCGCUCGUCGUACUCGGCGCCCAACGGCGACAAGCGCUUCAUGGCAGUGACCCAGUUCGAGGCGACCGACGCUCGUCGCGCCUUCCCCUGCUGGGACGAGCCCGCGCUCAAGGCCACCUUUGACGUCGUCCUCGCCGUCGACCCCAAGUUUGUCGCCCUGUCCAACAUGCCUGCAAUUGGCGAGCGCACGGUCGAUGGAAAGAAGGAAGUCACCUUCUCGACCACCCCGAUCAUGUCCACCUACAUUCUCGCGUUUGCCGUCGGCGAGUUUGACCACAUCGAGUCCAAGACAUCCGAGGGCGUCACCAUCCGCGUCUACACCCCUCCCACCCUCGCCGAGCAAGGCCGGUUUGCCCUCAAUGUCGCCGUCAAGACCCUCUCGUUCUUUACCGAGUACUUUGCCCAGCCCUACCCCCUUCCCAAGCUCGACAUGCUUGCCGUUCCCGAUUUCGGCGCCGGUGCCAUGGAAAACUUUGGCCUUGUCACCUUCCGCACCGUCCUCCUCUUGUUCAACGAGGAGACUACCCCCAUCCACAUCAAGCAACGCAUCGCUUACGUGACGUGCCACGAGCUGGCCCAUCAGUGGUUUGGCAACCUCGUCACCAUGGAGUGGUGGACUGACCUUUGGCUGAACGAGGGCUACGCGACCUGGGUCGGCUGGCUCGCUGUUCACGAGCUCUUCCCUGAGUGGAACGUUUGGGAGCAGUUUGUCAUCAACGAGAUGAAGCGCGCCUUCUCGCUCGACUCUUUGGUCUCCUCCCAUCCCGUCGAAGUCGAGGUCCCGGCCGCCAACAAGGUCGAUGAGAUCUUUGACGCCAUCUCCUACGCAAAGGGCGCGUCGGUCAUCCGCAUGCUCGUUUCGUAUUUGGGUGAGGAGGACUUCAAGGCGGGCAUGCGCAAGUACAUUGCCAAGUACGCCUUCUCGAACGCGUCGACCCGCGAUCUGUGGCAGGUGCUCGGCGAGGCCAGCGGCAAGGACGUCCGUGGCAUGAUGGAUGCCUGGACCACUCAGACGGGCUACCCGGUCGUCACUGUCGGCCUUGACGGCCAGAACGGCGUUGCAGUCACCCAAGGCCGCUUCUUGUCUGUUGGCCCCGCCGCUGCUGCCGACGACAAGACCCGCUGGCUCGUCCCGCUCCGCAUCGCGGACGCUUCUGGCGCCAAGCCCACCGACUCGGUGUUUGCGGACGCUUCGGGCAAGUUCCCCCUGCCUGCUGGCCAUGCUGCUGGCAGCUGGUUCAAGCUGAACGCUGGUCAGACCUGCUUCUACCGCGUCAAGUACGCCGAAGAGAUUGUCGGCGCUCUUGGCGCUGCCAUCCCCACGCUGCCCCCGGCUGAUCGCGUCGGCCUGGUCAACGAUGCCUUCGCCCUGGCUUCGGCUGGCUAUGGCUCGACUGCCCAGGCCCUCGCUCUGCUUGCCAACUACAAGGGCGAGACGGCGUACACUGUCUGGGAGGACAUUCUUGGCUCGCUCCGCGCGCUCUCCUCGACGUGGUACCGCGAGCCUGAGGCUGUCCGCGAGCGCCUGCGCAAGUUUGCGCUUGCCCUGGUCUCCCCCAUCGCGCGCCAGGUUGGCUGGGAGGUUCCCGCCAAGGGCACCGAGUCUCACCUCACGUCGCUCCUUCGUCCGCUGGUUCUUUCUGCCGCCGGUGCUUACGGCGACGAGCAGAUCAUUGCCGAGGCCAAGUCGCGCUUUGACCGCUUUGUCAAGGGCGAAACUGCCGCGCUGCACGCUGAUGUCCGCGGCCCAGCCUUCUCGGCUGUCGUCGCCCACGGCGGCGCCGCUGCGCUCGACGCUGUUGUGAGCAUUUUCCGCAAGGCGGACUCUGCUGACUUGCAGCUGAUUUGCCUGGGCGCGCUCGGCCACACUCGCGAGCCGGCCUUGAUCCAGCGUGUUCUCGAAAUGUCGCUGUCCGAGGAGGUCCGUUCGCAAGACCUGCACACCAUCGUGGCGACCUGCGGCCACAACCGCUACGCCCGCGACGCCACCUGGCAGUUUGUCAAGUCCCACUGGGCCGAGUACAACGCCCGCCUCGUCUCGGGCUUCCUCAUUGUGCGCGUCGUCUCUGCAUCGUCCGAGGCGCUCGUCACCGACGCGGAUGCCGCCGACGUUGAGGCCUUCUACAAGGUGCACUCCAACCCCUCGAUCGAGCGCAGCGUGCAGCAGUCGCUUGAGCACAUCCGUGCCUCCAGCGCUUGGCUCGGCCGCGAUCGUGCCCAGGUCCAGCAGUGGCUUGAAGCCAAUGUCCAGUAAAACAGGAGAGUUUCGUGCUGGCGCAAUGUUGUCAUUCUUCUUCUCAUGCAACAUUCAAAGGUGUUUCCUGAACCUAGCGCUUUCCCGAGGUUUGAAUAAACACGACCAUGUUGACCUUAACACAAGAAGAAGUUUAACAACGUUGGAUUGUUUGGUAUUACAUGGAAAACAGCAAAGCACA